GCUACACAAAAUCGAAUGCGCAUAGGUACAUUAAGAGAACUUGAAAAAGAAAAUAAUACAGUGAGCAUGUUACAGACCCCAACAAAGAGAAACCCAAUCUUUGCUGUGAAAGUUCAGUUUUAGCAUGUAUGUAUAUGUGGUCCCUAUUUAGGAUACAUUUACGAAAUUACCUAGGCUUAGAAAGACCUUGAAACGCAGUGACCUGUGACGUGUGUCAUAUGUCAUAUCCUCCUAUGUUCGGGCACACACGUUUUUUUAUGUACUGACCGUGGAGUUUUGUAGUUUUAAAUUUUAGCAGUCUUACCAAAUCUGCAGACAGUGAAGAAAAUUCCAAACCCAAUUUUUACCUAAGUUUUACGCCAGUUCACCAUGGAGCCCACACAGCAAACGUAUAACUUCGACGCCAUACUGGUUAAGUCCAAAGUGUGCGAACCCGAUACGAUUAACGACUACACCUACUCCAUCCGGCUGUUCAAGAACUUUGAGGAGCUUCCCGAGGACCGCAUGCUCGUGGAGGAUUUCUCUAUGGAUCCUCUAGGUCAGUUCGUGGCCAGUCCAUGCGAGCUCAUCGGCAUUUUGACGUCCAAGGGUGUUUGCGUGACGGUUAGCAAGAGCGGGGAUCUUCUCGGGGCCGGUAGUGCCCUGCUGACACCGCUCUUGCUCCGCCAGCUUACCGAUCCCACAUUUCUGGUCACCGAAACCAUCAAGCUGGAUCUGGCAAAGGGUGGGAGGGUCGUUGAAUCAGUCGAGAUCAUCAUCAAGUUUAGCUCGCUUCACCCAGAGCUUGACCCUGGUCUUGUGCCCCUCGGUUGCUACGAUAUUUGUCGGCCCGUGGACAAGUCCAUCAACUAUCGGGACGUGAUCUUCACCCUGGGUCGCUCUAAUAAGUGUCCGGGAACAUCGUGCAUAACGGACCAACGGCUUAUGUCACAUACCGGUGCCCCAUUCCAGUGUGUCCACAACGACAAAUCGCGCGACGCCGGAGAGUGUGGUUGCUCAGUGGCCGGUGGGGAAAUUCAACCGGACCCAGAAGUGCACAGGGAACAGGAACGAGGAAUGCUGAAGAAGCUUUUUAAGGAGCUAGGCCUCGACAAGAUUCGGAUUCCCGCUCCGCCUGACAAUUACGAGGAGUCCAGGCGUUGGCACUGCCGCUUACAACCAGAGAGUACGGACACUAACUCAAGUGACUGUCUUUACGACACUUGGUUGGAGGAAAAGAAGCAAAACUCGGACAGUGGACGGCUCUGCCUCUCCUCAUCCCAGCAGGAACAGAUCCGCAGGAAGGUGCUGGGUUCCUGUCGGACGAAUGAGCCAGAAUUAAAGCAGGAGACGUACAAGCGCCCGAAUCUCUGCGCCCUCUGCCAGUCGGACAUCAGCUGGCUCCCAAAAAUCGCCGGCUGUCCCUACUGUGGCUACAGAAAUAUCGAAACCAUGGAAUCCUGCGAGCAGCCCUACGACUUCUCGGCCACUGCCCAGCAGCUGAUCCGCGACUGCCUCCGCAAAGAAGCCUGCAUAGUUUCCUCCUCCGAAGAAGAUAGAAAGGCUGGAGCACACUUACCCGAUCCUGAUCCCAACAUCCCCGACGCCUGCGGAUGCAUGUCAGGACGGGUCUGCACCCGCUGCCGCAUUCGCAAAUUGUGCGAACAGUUCUUCACAGAGCAGGAAAAUAAGUCCCAGAAUGCUGGCGGACUACGAGACGAAGGUGGGCAUCAAAAGAAGGGGCAGUCACCGAAAAAGAUACCUUCGAGCACGUCGCAUCACCGCUCCAAGCUGAUAACGAUUUUCAGUGAAAUACGCAACAUUUACGAUAAAAAGAAGGGUGAAAAGGAUCGCCAGAAGAAUGCACAGGAUGACCCCAAAACAGCGGCACUCCGCGAUGAGUGUGAAGCGGCAUGCAAUAGCUCCAAGUCAGCCCGGGAUCGACUCCGAGCUCGACGUUCGAUGGGAAAACCACUUAAAGGGAUCGACAAGGACUCGAAAAGGAAGAGCAAGAGAAAGCGUUGCCAGGCCCGACUCCACCGUUCGAAAUCUAAGCGAUACUCGUACCUGGAUAUUCCGAAGAAGAAGGUGUGCCUUCGCAUUGGACACAAGAGAUGCAUCAGCGACAGCAAAUACACCGGAUACUGCAAGGUUCCCUGCCACAUGGGCUGGAUGUGGACAAAGAGCGAUAUGGCGCGCUUUAAGGCCUGGCGGCCGGGCGCCAUUUCCAGGCCAAUCCGCCAACUGAUGGCUUACUUUCUCAAAGACUUCCCCGCGGACACCAUUUGCCUCUCGCGCUACCACUAUCGAAACAGAGGACCCGAUCCAGAGGACGCAUUGCAGGAGACACUGGUGCAACAUCCUACGCUGCACAUUCUCAAGAAGCGGGACGAAUAUAUCAUCACGCUGCGGCCCCUAAAGGAUCCACAAUCGCUAGCGCUGUGCGCGAAUCCCUAUGCCGACAUGAAGCCAGUGGUCUUUCGCAUCACCAAGGAUCCCAUAGCGGCUGAUCUGCGUGAGAUGAAAAUGUCCCUGAAAAGGAAGGGAUUCCCACCAUGCCAGUGCGAUAUGCCAGUAGCCAGCUGCUAUUGUCGCAGUCACAUUGACAAGAAGCGCCUCGAGUACGAGGUGGAAAGCAUGCUAAGGCAGAGAGGAUGCGAGGAUGGGGUAGAAACAUUCUUCUACUCCCCAAUCACAGAUGAUGAGGUCGACAGCGAGGAAGAGUACGAGUUCGGAGUCACUCCGCCUGCUGGUGUCAUCAAGCCGGAGCGAAUGAAGAAGUCGCACGUGAAGCAUUGCGAAACGCAGUACAACGAGAACGACUGGGCCAUGCCCAGUAUGUUCCCCCAUCCUCCAAAUCCCUUCGUACAAUACGGCGCCUGCGUGCUCGGUGAGCGAAAGAAACCCUUUGACUGGAUAUACGGCAAGGGCAAUGUACACGAGGAGCCCAAGCCGCCGCUGAAGCGCAACAAGCCGAAGAUGAAGAAGAAGAAGAAGGAACUGCCGGGACGUCAGGCAGGGGGAUUUGAUAACCCUAAUAUAUUUCAAGCCCCAUCCCUUACAUCAAAAAAAAACUGGCACAAGUCCAACUCUUCCGAGAUGUCUUCUUUUACAGAUGUACCCAUACAAAUGAAUUGGCAUUGACCCGACCCUGUAAUAGUCCCACGACACUCUGGAUACUCGAAGGAGAAUCUGAACAAUGAAGCUCGGGAAAGUAGUUUUACUCAUUCAACUUAGACUUUUAUUUGGUUAUGGCAUGGCAGACUAGCCAUGAAUUAACUGGAAGGUUGCUAAGUUAAGAUAUUCAAACAACAUGGGAAAAGCAGG